AUGAGCUAUGUUCCUAUGGUUAUGUUUGUAUUUUUACGAAUCUCGCCAUGGAAGGGAGUGAUGCGAUUUGGUAAGAAAGGCAAACUAAGUCCAAGGUAUAUUGGGCCAUUUGAGAUAUUAGAGCGCAUUGGCAAGACUGCUUAUCGUUUGGCCUUACCACCUAGUCUAUCUCGCAUUCACAAUGUGUUUCAUGUAUCCACAUUGAAGAAGUACAUGCCUGACCCAUCACACGUGUUAGAUUUCCAACCAAUCCAACUCAAGGAUGAUUUGUCUUAUGAAGAGGAAGCCAUAGAGAUUGUGGACAUGAAGGAUCAAGUACUACGUUCCAAGACCAUACCACUAGUAAAGGUAUUGUGGAAAAAUCAUGCUUUGGAGGAAGCUACUUGGGAGCGGGAGGAUAAUAUGAAAAUUCGAUAUCCACAUCUUUUUCAAGGUAUGAACUAG